CUGAUCUCUCGAUCGAUGUGAGUACGCCAAACUAGCCAAUAAAUAAAAAGCCGCAAUAGUCGAGUCGUUUUGUUUCCAUUGAAUUCUCGGUUUUUCCUUUUACGAUCAUUGGACCUCAUGGCAUCCACCCAUGCCCAUGCCGUCAAUGACGCUGUGCCGGCUAACAACUGGGAAGAUCCCGGUUCCGCAACCGAACGCCCCACGAUACACUUUACGUUCCCAGCUAAACCACCCGUUCUCAAUAAAACUGCGGGUCAACACCAGACCUCUGAACCAUGGAUGGAUUCGGACGAAGAGGAAGACCUCCUCACUUGCUGUAUCCAGCUCCCGUCACGUUCUCGAUAUACUCGCCGCGAUCCACACAAGCUCGAACAACCCAAGCGAUUGGCGGAGAUUCCAUUCUUUAUCGCCGCUUUUGGCAGCAUUUAUAGCACAUUGAUGUUGGUGAGAGCUCUAGCCGUAAGAGGAUGGCUCGUAGAUCAUCGUCACUGGGAUGGCACAGGUCACGAUUUCGAUAAAAGCCCCAUGAAGAAUAUUCCUUUACUCGAACACGUAUUCGUAUCUCUCGGAUUGUGUUGCGGUGUGGCAAUCAUCUUGUGCCUUAUUGCGAGAACAAGGUUCAGAUUUUAUGGAGCUUCCUGUUGUUGUCAGUGGCUGGCUUACAUACAAGCGAUUCUCUGCGUGUCUUCAGUUUACCAUUUUCAUUGUCAAGUCAAUAAUGUUUCCAGCCUUUUCGCUUAUUCUCGUGGUUUUUGGAGCUGCUUUGUCUCUAGCACUUUGGCGAUGGUUGCAGGCGUAGGGUUUACCUUGGACUGGUUUCUGGAUUACCCUUCAUCCAGUCUGUCGGUUGUUCUUAAAGGCACCGUGCUCCCAACGACCAUGGCUUGUGCGACGGUAGCCAUAGGUGCUCUCGUCUACAUGCGUCUAGAAAACUGGAGCUAUAAUGAAGCAUUCAUUUUUUGCUCCACCGCAUUGACGACCAUAGGCUACGGGGAUGUAGCUCCUGUAACGAAGAAUGGACGUGUGUUUUUCAUGAUCUACGGCAUUUUUGGUGUGAGUGUGGUCGCAUAUUUUCUGCUGUCUAUUCGAGCGGUGAUAGCGGGAACUUCGCCCAACAUCAUGACCGUCAAGCUGAUGCGAGCCGAAUCGCUUAGUGAAUACACGCAAAAACAACGACAGAAAUGGCUCCACCAGCAGCAAACGACACCUUUGCGAAGCAAUGACGUCGAUAUCCGAUGCGUCGAACGAUCUCAAGAUUCGCACCAUUGUCGAUCGUUGUCCAACAUGUCCGCCUUUAGUAAUUUUACGUUCAGUGGCAUGCUUCGCGACAAAAGCCGGGAAGUAUUGAUCCAAGUCAUGACACGAUCAGGGGUAAUUCGCAUGUUCAUCAUCUUUACAGUGUCUUGGUUCGGUGGAGCGGCCAUCUUUUGCUACUUGGAGGACCACUGGUCAUACAUGGACGCUCUCUAUUUCGUGUUGACUACUCAACUCACGAUCGGAUUCGGUGAUUUGGUCCCCGAAACGGCUUUGGCUCAGGAAUUCUGGUUUAUCUAUAUCAUUCUGGCCAUUGCCAUUGCAGCUUAUUUCAUAAGCCUAUUUGGUGAUCUUCUCACGGAGAAACUUCAACUGCAGGAUGAGGAUGACGAUGAUAAUGAAGGAGAUGGAUCCAAUGACGACCAUGAUCCGGAACUGGAUGAAAAUAACGAAGCCGAAUAUCGCAUGCAGCUGUGGACUUGGCAUCAGCCCCUCCAGUUUUCGCGUCAUCCCUCCAUUGUAUCACCUGCCACGCCAUGCCUGUCCAGUUCGCCAGAUGAAAUCAAACCUCUCAGUGACUCUCCAAACGCAUCAAGCCCACAGUUGGGAAAUACCCCAGCAUUGUCAGCGACGCAUCCUCCUUCUACCUUGGCAACCAGGUCUUACAAACCGACGUCUAUCAUGAAUCCCUUGCUACGUACUUCUUCUCAGCCCUCUUAUGGAGCCUUGGCAAGUUCGCUGACUUGGUCUUUGCCGGAACGGGAAACGCAAAACAACCGAUUUAAAGACCUGGUGUCUCUUUCCAAUAGACCAGAUCCCAUUCAGGUGACAAAAGCGCUCCUAUGUUGCCAGAGAAAAAAGUGGAUCUGAAUCGCAUUUUUACAUAGAUUCAAACACAUAAGCAAUAUCAUGGUAACAGCGCUGUAAAGAAUAAUAUGGUCAGCAAAGAACGGGCCAAAGAAACAAUCCCAGUGUACUCGGCUCGAUCGACCCAUCAUCUACAUCACAAGUUGCCGCCAAUUGCGGUCACUCAUUGUUAUCACAGUAAAUAAUAAAAAAUGGUAAUAACAAUUGGUCAAGCACGUCAAAC